AUAGUCCGCCUUUGUACCUGAAUCUAUAAUAUAGCCGGCUUAUUUCAAGACUGGCGAUUCAUUCCAGCCUUAGUUCAGAUCAGAAUCACAGAGAAGCGGCCGGCCUAGAACCUCAAUCUGAACAACAAUAAGAAGAAAGCAUCAAUCCUAACAGAAAUGUCUGGUAAACCCAUCUCAAGCCCGAUCCAGGCCAUAUGGUAUCCGACACUGUCUUUCUCCAUGCUCUCAAUUGGUCUGGCUCUCACUGCUUUUUUCUUCAUCUAUGAAGCUACUACUUCGAGAAAAAAUCGUAGCCUUGCAAUGGAGCUCACUACAGGGACAAUUGCAUCAAUCUUCUUGGGUUUUGGAUCCUUGUUCUUGCUCCUCACUUGUGGUGUUUAUGUUUGAAAGAUUGAACGAGAACAUUCAAGUUUCAGGUCAGGCUGAUUAGUUUUGGAAGAGAGAAUAUGAGUUAUUGGUUGGAAUAUUAGCAUAAAAAGCUUUUGAAUUCUUUAUAGUUUGAGGAUAAUUGGUUGUUUAGACUUUUGACAGACAGAUAGACCACCUUAUAAGUUUGUUUUAAGAUCACCUUAUGGUUUUAGCUGGAUUUGAAAACCCCCCAUUGAAACUCAUCACUUUUGAAGUAUAUCUUUGAGCUAUUUCAAAACUAGUAUUUCUCAAUUCUCUAAUACAAUCACAAUAAUGAGAUAAUCG